GUCUUCGAGUUCACGCUCGCAUAAUUCCGGAAAAUAAGGAUAUCAUUGCUUUGUUAGAAAAGCGAUUAUGUGCAUCUGGUGUCAGUGGCACGGAAUGUUUCCAACUUUCAAGACCGGAAGCGCUGGAAGCAGAUAUGGUAAAUCGUAUUUCUGUACUUUCCAAAUUAACGAACUGUCCGGUUGCAGUGAUGUCAUUAUCUUCUCCAGGAGCUGCUGAGGUUUUACUGCGGCAGCGUAGUAACAUGCUUAUACCAGAGAUUCCCGUAACAGCACUGGAUGAUAGCAAAAGCAAUUCAGCGUUGCCCAUUUUAUGGAAAUAUGCAGAAUCACCGUCUGCAGUAAUAUCUUGUCUUUCUAGUUUACCAUUAUGCAUCUGUAUAUCUGGUCAUUGUGGAAUGCGAAAAAAAGAUUCAAUAGUGGAAAAUUUCGUUCAAAAUGCUGUAUCUGUAGUGGAAGAGAAAAUGUCGAUGUUAUGGGCUAAGGGUGUUUUGUCAGGAUUGAUCGAUCCGAUGCGUUUCGUUGCUGUUACGAGUAGCAAUGCUGCUAAAGUGUUUAAUCUUUAUCCCAAAAAGGGAAGAAUUGCCGUUGGAGCAGACGCAGAUUUGGUCUUGUGGAAAUUGUCCAUGAAGCAGCAAACAUCCACUCUAAAUCAGCACCCGUCGCUACUCAAAGUAUCGACCACUCAUUCAAAACCUGUGAUGACCAUUUGUGGUGGACGAAUUGCUUACAACAACGGAAAGUUUGAAUUAGGACGAGGUAAACUGAUGAAGCUUGAAUCACAUUCUCCCUAUUUAUACUGUAUGCUGAAGCAGAUGGAAGGGAUACAACUUAAUGGUGGUGUGAAUGAAAGCAUAAUACCAUGCAGCAAUCAAUCACAUCUAAAAGAGAACUUGAGCAAUAGUAGUCAAGCAUUUCCUGUAAAAAGCGUACAAAAGCAACAAUUUGAUUCAGUUUAUUCCGCAACGCCGAAUGACACACGUGGUAUGCGUGCAUCCACAAAAGUAUUGAAUCCACCGGGUGGACGUUCUACGGGAUUCUGGUGA